CCUCCCCGCCGCGCCGGGGGGCGGCCCCUUUAAGAGCUUGGAGUCCCGGCAGCCGCCGGGAGCGGGCCCGAGGAGCGCGGGGAGCGGCGGCCACGGGGGGCUGAGAGCGGCCGGACAGAUCCUGUAUUCCGUGUCUUAGAUUCAGUUUCUGUCUUAGUUGCGUCCCUGCAAAGCUGACUUGGCCAGGAAGGCGAGCAGGCUCAGAACCUCUUUAAAUUCCCGGAAAGAGAGGAGAGGAGCGCUGGGAGUUCCCGCCAGGAGGAAGCUCUGCCUCGGAGCCUGCCACAGGAGUCGCAGAGACGAGCAGAGCGAUUUCAGGAGGGUAAAAACGAAGAUCAGGACCAGAUGAGCAGAAGGAGGUUUCUGUGAAGAUCAGAGUCCUCGCUGCCCUGCCCCAGGAAGUGGCCCAGCAGCUCUGUGUCUGCAGCUGUCAUCGCUACGGGCCUGGAAAAAAAAAGAAGAGAAGAAAGAUGUCCCAUGCUUUAAAGCAAGUGUUCAAUAAAGACAAAACCUUCCGGCCCAAGCGCAAGUUUGAGCCGGGGACUCAGCGGUUCGAGCUCCACAAGAAAGCCCAAGCCUCGCUCAACGCUGGCCUGGACUUGAAGGUGGCCGUCCAGCUGCCACCAGGAGAGGAGCAGAACGACUGGGUGGCCGUGCACGUGGUGGACUUCUUCAACCGCAUCAACCUGAUCUACGGCACCAUCAGUGACUAUUGCACAGAGCAGUCCUGCCCUGUCAUGUCUGGGGGGCCCAAGUACGAGUACAGAUGGCAGGACGAGCACAAGUACCGUAAGCCCACGGCCCUGUCUGCUCCCCAGUACAUGAACCUCCUGAUGGACUGGAUUGAGGUACAGAUCAACAACGAGGACAUCUUUCCCACUAACGUCGGUACUCCCUUCCCCAAGAACUUCCUCCCGGUGGUGAAGAAGAUUCUCUCCAGGCUCUUCCGAGUCUUUGUCCAUGUCUACAUCCACCACUUUGACAGGAUCACCCAGAUGGGGUCGGAAGCCCACGUGAACACCUGCUACAAGCACUUUUACUACUUUGUGAAAGAGUUCAACCUAAUAGACACCAAGGAGCUGGAACCACUGAAGGAAAUGACCUCCCGGAUGUGCCACUGAGAUCAGACCGUCCUGCUCUCACCUCGGCAUCUCUUCUGAGGACGCAGAGUCCCACUCCUGCAUUGGAGACAUGAAUCAAGGGGAGAACAGAGACGUUUUCUUAAAGAAAUCUAUAUAUUUUUAAUGAGUUUCAAUGUAAAACUGUGAUAUUGCAGGAAUAUUUUUUUAAAGAUGCUCUAGAUAAACUAGUUUUUUUUAUAGUUAUUUCUAUAAAAAAAAAAAAAAAGUAUUUUUGGCCACUUGGUGGGAAUGUUCGUCCUCUGAGGAGGGAGAAGCCAGCCUGUGCUGCCUCUCCUCUGCCCCCUCACUGCAGUGGCACCAGGAGCCGAGCCAGGUGCGCCAGGUAGAGCCAUGCCGUGGAGCUGGCGCUGGGAUGGAAGCGGUACGUUCCUCUGGACCUCCACCUCCUAAAUGUGAAGGGAGGUUACGUGUGGGCAUUGGGGAAGAAGUGCUGGUGCACACAGAUUCUCUGGGGUACCACAAGGAGCUGUCUGGUUCCGGCACCUCUUCCGCUGGCUGUGCGGUCAGUUUUUGGACAGAACUGCUUUUAUGCUCACCCUGCACUUGGCAUCCUGUCCCCAAGGCCUGCCCUGCCUUUCUUUCUCUGUGAAAGAAGUCAGACUUGGGUUUCUUUCAUGGCCAGACCAGAGCUGCUGCUGCUGAUCUAACCUGCAGUUGUGCUGUGCUGGAGCGCUCGUGUUGUGAAUCUGCUCUUGCCUCUUGCACCAGCUCUGAGCUGAGCUGCUCCCACUGUACUGCCCUGUGGGGACAGGAUUGGCACUGGCAGCACUGGGACAAGCGGGCCCGCGCCUGGUGGGAAUGAGCAGAGGGAAGGCGCUGGGACCAGCAUGGGGAAGUUGGCAUCUCAAACACCUGCACUUCCCUUUCUCCUCGCGGUACGCAGACCCUACUGAGGAACCAGGCUGCUUGCUCUCCAGCCUUGCUUACAGGCUCUAUGUGGACCACUUUCUGCUUUCCAUUAGGGUACUAAACCUUCUCUCUUCCUCAGCAGCGCUUCCUUGCUCUGCCACAUGUCUCCUCUUAACCAAAGUGUCUGAUGGGCAGCCAGAGCCAGGGGCUUUGCCUCCUGCUUGCACAAGAGCUCUGCUGCCUGGCCAGAGCCUGGCAGUCCCCCGAGGUAGGUAGAUUGGGCUACCUAGGAUCAAGGGGAGAGCAGGGAGCAGGGUUUACAGGGAGAGAAAAGGUUUCUGUGAACAGUGACCAAACUACCACUAACCACUUCUGCAUUAGAAAGUUCUUUUUUGUGUCCUGGAAUCUCUGUAUAUACAUGACUCUUGUUUCUUGUGCUAUCGUUAGGACACGCGUACAAAUACCACUAUAGUUCUCUGACAUGAAACCAAUAAAUUAUGCUGUAUUUACAUAGCA